CAGAUCCCAGGAGUCAACUUAUUAACCUGGGUGGGGAGAUUCUGUCGGCCACAUGCAAGGGUGGAAUCGACAGCACCAUCCAACCGGUUAUCUCUCCUCGCACUACUACUCACACUACUGCCGAGCACUUCACAAUGUCAACACGCAUGGGUCCCUUGGCGGUGAUAGGUCAUAUCUUAAUGGCGAGUCGGAGACUUCGACGACAAGGGGUAGUUGGGUAUUAACGGCCGAACCCCUUUUGUAUUUUUCCCAUGGCCGAGAUAGCAGUCCUCCGGCGCAACCCGUUCGCAUCCUCCCAAAAGGAGUCGAAGCUCGGCCCACGGUUCUACGAGGACUACAGCGAGCAGAGCAAGUCGGGCAUCGAGCUGGGCCAGCGCAAGCCAAAGUCCAAGGCCAAGGACGACCUCGGGCUGACCAUCGUCGCCGAUGACGACAGCCAGGAGAACAUCCUCAUACCGACCCAGGGCCAGGAGUGCUCGUAUAGCAGCAGCAACAACGAGAACGACAGCAAGGACAACAAGAAGCAUCGCGCUAGCCACCCUGUUGACGGCACCAUCGUCCGGACCGAUGUCGUCACAGUCGAGUAUGAGCCGCGGACGGCGAGGCGGGACACGGUGGGCUCUCAGCGAUGGAGGGUUGUUUGA